ACUAAAAUCUUCCGUUUAGUUUACUUUUUACAGCUAGGGAAACAAAACGAAAUGUCGAAAUGGUACUAUCUACUAUUAUUGGUUUUCUUGGUGCCACGUAGCCAUUCCAAAGAAAACAGUACUUCGCUGUUUGAUGCAACCGAGGAUCUUCUGUUGAAAAUUGGGAUGCAUCAGAAAUCGCUGUACAAUGCAAAUCAAACUUGCCCGAAUAGAAGUGCCCAACUGGUUAAAGAAGUACACGAUAAAUAUGCUAAUGCCAGCAAUUUACUGGAAGUGAUUCGGGAGCAAUACUUGUUUUUGAAGAAAACGUAUACAAAUGUCUGCACAAUAAAAACAGGAACUAACAUAACAGGACCUUGAAUAUGCCGUUCAACAAAUAAAUUAAAAAUGAUGUUAAUUUACAUAUUAAAGUCUAAAAACGAUUACAUUUUAAUCCCUUUA